AUGGAUGAUUCCACAUUUGGCGAUAGCUCAAAUAUAACGGAUGGCCCAUGCGAUGUCGACACGCAUCCAAAUCUACGUCUAGCAUUCAUCAGGGGUCAAAAUCUACGGGUCACAGUGUUGCUGAUUGCUAUAAUUGUGGUCAUACUUCGUUUGCCUGGAUUCUUUUUCAUCGAAGUUGUGGAACUUGAAAAUUGCGACUUAUUUGAAAGUCGAAUUUUAUCCGGAAAGGAAAUGGAUCCAAAUAUUGCUAGAAUGUACACGAUCAGCGAUGUUUUUAUUCAGUUUCUUCAUUUAUUCGUCUCGUUCGUGAUUCUUUGUGUCCUAAAUUGCGUUGUGGUGCAAAAAUUGCGUUCAUCACAUCGUCGUGCCCGACGUCAAUCGUCAUGUCCAACGGUCAUGCAUGCGACAAAACGAAACACUGCUGAAGAAGAUGAACGACGUGAACAUAAACGAUUACGUUGUGCAGUGAAGACAACAAUUGUCAUUAUAUCAUCGUAUCUAGCAUGUAAUAGCGUAAAUUUCGUACUCUACUGUAUAGAGAUAUUCAACUCGAGUCUCACUCAGGAUGAAGAUGGUAAUUUCAACGUAUUCUACGUAUUAGCAAGUGAUCUUGGAACAAAUCUAUUCGUACUAUCGUCAACAAUACGAAUUUUUGUCUACUAUAAAUAUAAUCCAGAGAUUCGAGUUCAAAUCCAAGGUGUUACAGCUGUGAAUUGUUUACUUGGAGCGAAAAAGAAGGAUAGUGGUAAAAAUGAACCACUAAUAGCUGUCUCGUUGUGA